AAGUCAGCAUGCGCACAUAAACAUAAGGCUUGUGCUUGUGGGUGUUUGUGCUAACCUUACUGUCCAUGGCCGUAACAAGGAACAUUUAAUUAUUGAUAGUAAACAUCUACAGACGCGACACAGUUGUAAACUUACUCCUGUAAGAACAGACAAUGUCGCAGCCAGCUUGCAGCUGUUGUGUGGAGAAUGUGAAGAGACUCCAGGAGCAAAUCGCAAUCAUGCGGAGGGAGCUGAAAAAUCUAAGACAGCGAACAGAUGGCUCCAUACGUUCACACAGGAAACACAUGUCUGCUUUACAAAUGGUUUUGUCAACUUGUAGCCAAGCCACCCCGCACACUAAAGUCUCUGCACCAAACGCUGGUGAAGAGCUAGAAUCGUGUCUGGAGAAAGGAUGCAUUAAAACAGUUCCCAUUGGGUACAUAAACUCUUGCUUUGGGGCCAAAAAUGGCACUCCACGACAACCCACAGUUUGUGGUCCAUCUCGCGCCACCCUGCAGAUUCAGCAGGCUGUCUUCAGCAACCCGGACCAUCCCCUGAUUGGGCUGGAGCAGUACUCGCAUGUAUGGAUAAUCUUCCUCUUCCAUAAGAACGGACACCUGAGCUACAAGGCCAAAGUGAAGCCUCCGCGUCUGAAUGGCCAGAGGGUGGGCGUGUACUCCACUCGCAGCCCCCACCGGCCCAAUGCCCUGGGCUUGACUUUGGCCAAACUUGAGCAGGUUGCAGGUGAUACACUCCACUUGUCAGGUGUUGACAUGAUUACCGGUACUCCAGUAUUGGACAUCAAGCCGUACAUUCCAGACUAUGACUGUCCACAUACGCGAUUCCAGUCAGAGGAGUGUGAUUUGCCCUCAGGUGAAGAGGCAGAGGAUGAAAGCGAGUGCCAAGCAACCAGUUCCUUUGGCCCCAGUACAGGGACUUUAGACAUUAAAGGGUCCUCAUCAACACUCUGCCCAUCCUCGUCCAGUUCAGAUGGCCUCACUCCUUUAGGAGCGGCGCUGUCUGAGGUGACGGACUAUCUCCACCAGGGGGAGCUUUCCUCAGGCAGGCCUGCUGGAGAUGGGGCAGCGGACGCGGAGCCCAGCGGCGCGGCUCUCUCUGGGCCUCAGGGGGAGCUUGAGACGAGGCCUCACUUCGGAGAGGAGUCCUACAGCACCAUCGCCUCCUGGAUCAGACAGCCUCCAGUGAGCACGCUGGACGUACGCUUCACCCAGCAUGCUGAGAGAGAGCUCAGAGAGUUUGUGGCCUCUGAUAGUACAGUGAUGGGGAAGCCCAGAUUUAGGUUCCUGAAAGACUCUGAUGAGGCAGUCGCUGCUAUUAGAGCUGUUCUGUCAGCAGACCCUCGUUCCGUUUACCGAAGAACCCGUUGCCAGGACCGCCUUUUCUACUUCACCAUGGAUACAGCUGACAUCACAUGCUGGUUUGGAGACUGUUUUGCAGAGGUGUUGCGAGUUCAGCCUUUGAAACGUUAGUCUGACUAUGGACAUACUCUGUAAAGUGACCUUUUGUUCCCUUACUCAACUAUUUGCUCUGUAUUUGUAUCACUUGGUUAGAGUUUUAAUCAUGUGCUUCAGAUUCAUUUUACUUUUAAACAUGAUGUCUAAGAACAUUAUAGCAGUGUCAUGCAAGUAAAAACAGGUUUCUGUGAA